AUGUCUACUCAGAACAUCAUCAAUAUGUCCUUUACUCAAGGCUUCUACUGCUUCCCCAUCUUCACUACUUAUUGCAAUGAUGUGCCUCUCUCCCCUGAGACAGAGAACCAUCCUGACCCUCUGGAGCAGCGUAUCCAUGCCAUGCCAGAUGUUGAGGUAUUCCUCAUGGCUGACAACCACCCUCCUCAGUGGUUCCUAGGUGUUGACCUUGCUCAUGCUCUCCAUGGGGCAUGCUACCAUGCUCUCCAAGUCUUUGGGGAUGCAGUUCAACCCUCAGGAUGGAAUCACCAUGAUCCCUGGGGCAACUAUGAUUAUGCCUCCAAGCUUGAGGAGAUUAACUUCCCCUACAUCUCUUGUCCUAUAUGCUUUACUUGUGACCUCUACCAUUUUCCCUUUGACACAUUCCAGGAAUUGCAGCACCAAGUUCAUCACAAUAAUUUCCACAUCAUCUGCCUCAAUGCACUGUCAAUCAUUAUGAAUGCUAACAAGCAGAACCACUAUAGCAACUUAGCCCAUGUUGGGUAUUUUUGUGGUUCCCCUGCUUGUGUGUCAGCACACCACUCCUGUUGUUGUCUACAUGGGCACCCUGUCAUUGAGCGCUCUGAAGAUGAUUUAUCAGAUUCAGGAUUCUGUAUCAACAGAUACAACACCAAUGACAAGUCCUUGGGCCUGCUUACGCUGCCCACUGAAGUUUCUUUGCCACCUGCAUUGUGUUAUGCAAUGACUAAUUUAGACAUAUGCACCCCUAAUUGCCAAUAG